UCAUCCGAAUUCCAACCCAUCAUUCGGCACCAAGAAGUGAUUGCUGUGCCAAAUGUGAUCAACUACUUCGCUGUGGACAAACGCUUACGUACAGUUAACAUCUCAUCAUCCAUUCGCGCCUUCAAUCAACAAUCAUCAAACUUUCCCUACUACUUCCUUCGGCCGUCAGCACGGAAGAGCGACGGAUUCAUUCAUUUUCCGGAGCAACAGGUGCAAGUGCACUCAGUGGAAAUAAUUCACAGUGGGGCACCUCAUGAUUUCGCCACGUUUAACCAGACUGCGGCAGUGGAGAACUCGACUUUAGCUCGCCUUUUCAACAACUCCAUCCAUUCCAUCGUUGUCCACGACAACCUCACACACAAUGCCACAGAUUAUUUUGGCCAACCACAGAUACCUGCCUAUAUUCGCACCACAGCGAUGGUCCUCUGCAUCCUCAUCCUCUGCCUCGGCGUCAUCGGGAAUAUUAUGGUUCCCAUCGUCAUUCUGAAGACGAAAGACAUGCGAAACUCCACCAACAUCUUUCUCACCAAUCUCAGUAUUGCCGAUUUAUUGGUACUCCUCGUUUGCACACCGACUGUUCUCGUUGAAGUCAAUACUCCACCGGAAACAUGGGUCCUCGGUCAAGAAAUGUGCAAAGCCGUACCAUUUGUAGAACUUACCGUUGCUCAUGCGAGUGUCCUGACCAUCCUAGCCAUUUCCUUUGAACGCUACUACGCCAUUUGCGAACCCCUGAAAGCAGGCUACGUAUGCACCAAGGCUCGAGCUAUCCUUAUAUGUAUUGCAGCAUGGAUAGUUGCUGCACUUUUCACAAGUCCGAUACUUUCCAUAGCGACCUAUACUAACGAGACGUACGUGGACGGAAGUGACGUGGCCGUAUGCGUGACGGCUGCUGACAAGCUGUGGCCAGCCUUCUUCUUCGUCGGUAGCAUCGUGCUGUUCUUCGUAGUUCCCUUCCUGAUACUUGUGGUACUGUACUCAGUGAUUGCUCGCCACCUUAUGAAUAAUCCCGGACUGAUAUCAUAUGGCCAUCGGCAUGUACUCAAGUAUCGCAAGCAGGUGAUUCUUAUGCUGUCCGCCGUGAUAUUCUCCUUCUUCGUCUGCCUCUCGCCCUUCCGUGCCUUCACACUGUGGAUUAUUGUGGUGCCUCCUGAGGCCAUAAUGUCCCUGGGUUUUGAGGCUUACUACAAUCUCCUCUACUUCUGCCGAAUUAUGCUCUACCUCAAUUCAGCCAUCAAUCCUGUCCUCUACAAUCUCAUGUCAUCAAAGUUCCGUCAGGGAUUCUUCUCCCUCCUCGGUUGCCAUCGAUUGGUGCGCAACAAAUUGCUGACGAGCGCACGCAAGGGUACUUUUCACACCACCUCUACGAAUCUUAGCACUUCAAACAGUGGUGAUAAGCACAAGAGACAGCAGACGGAGAAGGAAUCCGCCGCGGGAGGUGCGUCUGGGACGGCGGUGGGUGCUAAAGUGGCAACUCUCACAAAUUUCGAGGCAAAAGGACAAUCGAAUUACGGCCAAACGGAGAUUGAUGUGGAUCUAUUUAGGUCAGCUGGACCACCCAAUGUGGUGACAGUGAAUGUGACCACUUCCCAGCACAAACACAGGGUCGAUUCGCAUGGGAGUGAAGGACAACAUGAAUGUAGUGGCAACCUGUUGAAUAACCAUCCCCACGAAUCCCGUGUUAAAUUUAAAGACGGUCCCCAAGACAAGGAUUCCAGUCACGAUGCCGAAGAGCGUGAGAAAGAAACCCUCAUUCCACAGUGCAACGGAAUUGACGAAGCUCAAGUGCAGUUUGACUUUGAAGCACUGCAGAGACUCAAGAAAGAGAGUUUUGUGUAGAGGACCAUCAUUCACCCCUCUUUCCAAAAAUAUCGUCAAUUACUCCGUGACACUCAAUAGUUCUUCUAACUUAUUCAUCUCUUUCUUCAGUAAUCAACUUCAAUUAAGGAUUUUUUCACACUCUAUAAUUUAUCCCAAAGAUUUCACCAGGAAUAGUACAAUGCAUUUAAACAAUAAAGUAAUGAAGAAGCCAAUUGAGGAGAGAAUAAAAGAGGACAAUAAAAAUAUUUCGCGCCAAAAAUGACUAGAAAUAUUUAAAAGACGACAUAGAGUCUAUAGAGAAUUUUCCGCUAUUGAUGAUAAGGCAAGCUCAUUUGAGACACUAUUGUCCUUAUAAGUGAAUUUAUAAAAUAAGAAGGGGAUGGGGUAACAUAAAAGGUAAAUUUAGAUACAAAUAAGGAUAAAUUCAUACAUUCUGUAUAGAAAGUUAAGUAUCAAUACUCGUAAUAAGCAUUUUUGCGUCUGGAGUUCAAUAAAAUUGUGCACGAUUCAAGUUAAGUUUAUAAAUUUCGGAUGAACUAAUACGGAAACCCUCAAUUUUACUUGCUAAAAAUAAACUUGAGAAUUCUUCCUUCAUUAUGUAGUCAAUUUUCCCACCACAAAAGAACAAAA